AUGAGCGACGAAAAGGCUGAAGAUGUAUCUCAGAGCGAUUCUCAAGUAGAAAAUACCAAAGAGAAUGGUGAUGCUUCUAAAACUGAUAAAGUUAAAGUGGACAUACUUCUGAAAGCGACAGGAAAUGCCCCCAUUAUGAAAAAGAAAAAAUGGGCAGUAGAUGCAGAGAAACCAAUUGGUUGGAUUGUUGAAUUUGUGAGAAAGUAUUUAAAGUUAGAAGCUGAUGAAAAACUAUUCCUGUAUGUUAACCAAACAUUUGCACCAUCCCCAGACCAAAUAAUAAAAAAUCUAUAUGAGUGUUUUGGAACAGAUGGCAAAUUAGUGUUACACUACUGUAAAAGCCAAGCUUGGGGAUGA